GCAUCGUUGUCAUAAUAAUAUAUAAGAAUCGUCAAACGAUUCAAAGAGUUCUUCUUAGAUACAGUCUGAUUAAAAAUUCUCGAAACGUAUACCCGGUGAUAGUGUUUUUAAUAUAGUCAUUGGUUGAUAGUUUAAUAUCAAGAAAAAAUGAACACAGCAACAGCCAAUACAAUAACAUCUUCCAACGUAAAUAUGCAGCAACAACAAUUACCGCCGUCGCCUGUAGAAAAAUUGAUGUACUGUUAUAAGCCCCGACACAAUUUGCAUGAAGAUGACGACGACGGUUCAUCUGAAAUUUCUGAUAGCGGUCACUUCUUAGCAAAGGGCGCAUUCCUUAUAACGCCCAGCAAUGAAUUAAAUCUAGAAAAGGCGACAGCUAUAUGUGAAAAAAUGAACUACAGAGGACCGUACUCGGUGACCAAAACGGCCACUGGAAUUUUAUUUAAAUUUGCCAAUCAAGAAGACUACCAAGCAACUUACCGGAAAGGUUUCCAUAAAGUUACCAAUUUCCGUUUCUACAAAAAGAUUCCAAUACCAUGCAGACCUCAAAAAACAUUUUCCGUUUUCGUGUACGAAAUACCCGAAGAUUUACCAGAUGAAGACAUUAGACACUCCCUUUAUAAAUUUCAAACAGUUGUUGAAGUUACAAGACUCUACAACACUGGCUUCCGUCAGGCGGACAAAGGAGGAUCUACUGCCCCAUCUCAACAAGCUGUUGAUCAACUUGGACCAGUGACGCAACACCCUGUAACCUCACCCGUAGUACGUAUUACGUUAGCUUCUUUGGAAGAGUACAACUUGCUUUUGCACAACGGAUUAGAUUUCUAUGGAGCCACGUUUUUUCCCGUAGAAGCGGCUUCACCCAGCAUUUUAAAAAAGAAACCUGCUGCAACAAUCAACAGCCGAUUAAUGGAUUUAGCUUCGACAAGUGGACACCGUAUACGUGAUCUGUUACCAGUAUUUGAUUCAGCUGGGUUUUCAAAAAUUCCUCCACCAACAACUAAAGUUGUUAAACCACACUAAUAAAUUACUAUUUGGUGUAAAAAAAUAUAUAUCAAUGUGAAUAUUAUAUGGAUAACUAAAAUUAACUAUCAUUAUAUUUUUCAUAUUAUUUAACUAUAUGUAAAUAAUUAUUAAACAAAAUUUUCAAAAUGACAUUUUAUGAAAAGUGAAAUUAAAAUAUACUGUUUUAUAAUCAAAUUACAUUAGAUACGCGUCAAGAAUUAAAAUUAAAUGUAGUUAAUAAAAUUAUAUUUUUCAAAUAACUCUUCGAGAUGUAAUAAAAUAUAAUUGAUUAAAAAUAAUAAAUUUAAAGUAAAAAGAUACUUAUUAGUAGAAACCAAAUUAAUAAUA